CCAAGACCUACUUGAAAAUCAGAGAAAUCUCAAUGUAAAAUAUUUUCUAAAUAAAUAUAUUGUGAUGCAUGCCACUUGGAAAAGUCACAUUAAUGCAACUUCUUGUUCUUUUGUUCUUCUUUUAUAGAAAUACUUUAAGUAAGAUCUUUCAAGAACUCCUGUUAAUGGCUUUGCCUCCGAAAUGUACCAGAACUGGUAUUGUUGCUAUGUCCUGGCUGCUGAUAAUUCUGAUUGUGUCUCUGAGCUAUAAUAAGAAUAUAAAUAAAGGCACUGUCAGUCCCAUAACUAUACAACCUGUUUUAGGAUAUAGCUCAGGUCACUAUCUCAUAGAAGAGAACACAAAGUGCGCCGGAGGUCCACCUUUUCUGAUGUUGCUCAUCCCUUCAAGUCCACAAGACGCCCUCAUCAGAGAUGUCUUAAGGAAAACUUGGGCCAAUGAAAACUUGGUCGAUGGGAUCUCAAUCAAGAGACUUUUUCUUUUGGGAAGUUCAUUAAACACAAGUGUCCAAGAGGAAGUGAAAAGAGAAAGUGAGGUCUUCCAUGAUAUUAUCCAGCAGGAUUUCUUAGAUUCCUACAACAAUCUAACACUCAAGACUUUGAUGGGCAUAGAGUGGAUUAGCCGACUAUGCCCAAAUGUUAGUUAUGUUAUGAAGAUAGAUAGUGACAUGUUUUUCAACCCUUGGUUUUUGGUUCAACACAUUUUGCAGCCACAGAAACCAGCAAAGGUUGGAUUCUUCAGUGGAUUGGUUGUGGAGAAGGCUAUUCCCUACAGAAACAAAGACAGUAAAUGGUACAUGCCAACCUCCAUGUACUCCAAAACCCACUACCCACCAUAUUGUUCUGGUACAGGUUACAUCUUCUCCGGAGACUUGGCAGAUAAAAUAAACACCGCAAAAGAGAGCAUACCCUUAUUCCCGUAUGAAGAUGUCUUUAUGGGCAUAUGUUUGGAGAUCAUAGGAGUAAAGAUCUCCAGGCCUUUGGGAGCUUGGUUUGUAGGAGAGAGGUUUCGCUAUAACCGAUGCCAAUUUGCAAAGCUUGUUAUGGUACAUCAUUAUGGUCCAGAUGAACUGUUGAAGCUCUGGCCGGAUUUCACUGAGGCUGUAAAGACCUGUACUUAA